GAAGAAUGUAAACUGACCAGCAUUCUGGAGAGCCACCAAGUGAACCUGAAGCAGGUCUCAGAGCCUGGAGUUGCAUCCUAUUACAUUGGAUACAUCUGCUAAGCAAAGUGUGGAAUAGAGAAUCCCUACUGCUCUCCACUGUUCAUUUGUUUUUCUCCCUCAGAACAGGGGGAAAGCCAGCAUCCUGACUACUGCCUCUGAAUUCCUACUGCUUGUGCUGAGUGCUAAAAGCCUCAUCUCCUGUUCCCCAAAGGAGACAGGUUGACCUUACUGACAUCAUGGCGAAGAUGCUCCCAGCACAAGAGGCGGCAAAAAUCUACCAUACUAACUAUGUGAGGAAUGCCAGGGCCAUGGGGGUCCUGUGGGCACUCUUCACCCUUUGCUUUGCUGUGAUGAUGAUGGUGACUUUCAUCCAGCCAUAUUGGAUUGGAGACAGCAUUGAUACACCACAGGCUGGCUACUUUGGCCUUUACUCCUAUUGCAUUGGUAAUGCCCUUACAGGAGAGCUCAUCUGCAAAGGUAGCCCUCUGGACUUUGGCACCAUCCCCUCAAGUGCCUUCAAAUCAGCCAUGUUCUUUGUGGGUAUUUCCACAUUCCUUAUAAUUGGCUGCAUCCUCUGCUUCAGCAUGUUUUUCUUCUGUAAUGCAGCCACUGUCUACAAAGUGUGUGCUUGGAUGCAGCUGGCAGCAGCUACAGGUUUGGCAAUAGGUUGCCUGCUUUACCCAGAUGGCUGGGACUCCCCAGAGGUGAAACGCAUGUGUGGUGAGAAGACUGACAAAUACACACUAGGUGUGUGCACAGUACGUUGGGCAUAUAUCCUAUGCAUCAUUGGGAUCAUUGAUGCUGUCAUCCUCUCUUUCUUGGCAUUUGUGCUAGGCAACCGGCAAGACAAUCUUCUUCCAUCUGACUUCCAAGUAGAUAACAAAGAAGGACUUGAAUGAAGGUGAAGACUGCAAUGCAUGUGUUGCUUCUGCCAUUUGGUUAAACUAAGUAUACACAUGCUAACCAACUUGGGCUUCAGAAGACUGAGUGAAAUACAUGGCUGUCAGGCAUUAUAGUACCAAUACCUGUAAAAUAUUUGAUUCUAUAAAGACAAAAGAACAACGAAUAUCCACAAUAAAAGGAGUUUAAAGGUAGAAGGAUUCCUUUUGCAAAACUUACUGUUGUCCAGAAAAGCCUAUCUCCUUCAACCAGACCAUCUCCUUUCCUAAGAAUUAUGAUAUUCCUUACAAGAAUACAUGAGUUGGAUCCUAUGCAGCACUCCUCCCC